AGGCCAAAAACCGAGCAGCCAAAAAAAAAUAAAUGCUUUUAUAUUUUGAAAACGAUCGUUUUUAUUUAUUUAUUUAAUUCUCGCGUUGUGACGUCACUCGCACAGUAUUUUCGAUUUAAGCCCGAAAAGAAAACAAUUGCCACACCUAAAGCCAAGCGCCAAAGGCAAACAGCAGAAUAAUCUUCAUCGUCUUCGUUAUACAGAUUAAAAGCGCAGCGUGUUUAAUUGAGGAAUUAGCGAAGAGAUCUUUUAUCAUUAAAAUGUUUGCAAUGCUCGUGUGGCUGAUAAUUAUUGCCACCACAAUAACAACAAUAAGCACGGAGACAACAAUAGCCAAAGCUCAUGGAAAUUUUCCCUGCCCGUAUGCGGAUACGGUGAACAUUACGGAUGGUUUGCGCCUCAGGGAUGGAUCCUAUUCGUUUGCGGGAGUCCUGGUGCCAGCCGAAUUGACAGCCGAAUAUAACUUUAAGGUUAUCGAUGGUGUGGAGUAUAAGGCUGCUCGACAUCUGCGUGGCUGCGUCUGCCAGAUAAAGCCGUGCAUCACGUUCUGCUGUCCGCCGGACUUGGUGUUCAAUGCGCAGAGAUGGAACUGCACUCGGCCGAAUCAGGUUCGUCAGAUAACGCACAUUGAGCUGAGCGCCAGCGGCAAUCGGAGUGUGGAACAGGUGAAGAUCAUGGAUCAUUUUGUGGUGCGCACAGAGUUGGGUUGUCGCAACAAGUUCGUGGACUCGAAUCACGACUCCUUCUGGCAAUGGGAUCUGCAUGCGAAUGGCUCGCUGCAGCGGGAUGAUCGCUUGUGGAGCACCGAUGAAUACUGCUUCACGCCGCUGGAGCACAACUCAGCCUGGGAGCUAGCACCGCUGAAUUGUGAGCGCUUUCAGCGUGGCUAUCGAGUGUGGAUCUAUGCCAUAUGCUGCAUUAUUGCCAUAUUGAUCAACAUCUUUAUAAUGGCGCUGCUGAGCUCCGUUAAUGAGGCACGUCGCAGUCAUUUUGGCAAGCUGAUCAUCUAUUAUCUGUUCUUUGCCAUUUGUGGACACUCCCUGAUCGUCUAUCUCACCCUCAAGAAUCCCAUGAAUCUAUCGCAUGAAGCCUGCCGCAACAUAGGUUAUCUGGCCUACUUCUUCAUCAUGUUGUCCUUUGUCUAUUUGGCCAACUGCAGUUUGGACUUUCUCUUGAAGUUCCGACUGAUACCCAUAAAGAAUUGGUGGCGCAUCUUGUGGUACUCCUUAUCCUUUGUCUGUGUGAUCGUACUACGAUUCCUAGUAUCCUUCGCACAGUCCUCCAACCUGCCCAAACAUUUGAAGCCCGGCAUUGGCGAGGAUUAUUGCUGGUUUGAUGUGCGUCUCUGGGGCAUUUUGAUGUAUUACUAUGCACCCAUUGCCCUGCUCCUGAUCUUUAGCAUUGGUUGCUGUCUGAAGACGUAUUUCUCUAUUUAUGAGCUGCCAGCAGAUACGCAAUAUAUUCAGGGCACCCAGCUGCGCAUUAUGAAGACACACUUUUACGCUUUUAGUGUGUAUUUGGUGGGUGUGUUCUCUGUUUGGGUGCGCGAGAUGAUUGUCUAUAUAUUGGCGCGAGUGCGGGAACAUUUCUUCAUCAUUGAUUUCUGGAGCGGCAUUUGUAUCCUGGUGCUGGCCAUAGCAGGAUUCGCUCUGUUGCUGGGCAAGAAUAUGUACGUCAAGUCCUGGUGGUCCAUUAAUGUCGAAACCAGUCAAACCGAUCUGAGCGUUAUAAACGCGCGUGUUUAUAAAUUCGAUGAGAAGGGCGAUCUCAAAUCACCCGAUUCACCUUAUAAGCCAACAGUGACAUCGCUUUGAAUGACAAUCGACUGCCUCAAAUUUUGCGCGACUGCCAACUCUGUCAACUGGUAUUCAUAUAUCAUUUGCAUAUUUAUGACACAUACUGGUCUUUACUCAGCUUUGUUCUGAGUCACAUAUUGAACGAUAGCACUUAAGCAUUAUUAAGACUUGUUACAUUAUACACUUAUCAUUAACAAUUAAAAGUUUGUAACUAAUCUACAAAUUUGGG